AAAAAUGAGCUUUCCAUUCUCCAUUUUUCUUCUCGCCUUCCUCCUGGCCCCAGUAGCCGCCAUCCCUUGUCCAACUGGCUUCACGCGUCUCGUAACAACUGGUCAAUGUCUGAAAAUGAUUGUUGCUCCGUUGAGCUACUCGGAUGCCUCGGCAAAAUGCAAAUCCCUUGGUGCCAAGGUGCUCACUAUUCAAAACGCUAUUCAGAAUAAUGCCGUCUUGAGCUUCGCCACUGCUUCGGCAACUGGAAAUGACAAAGAUUAUUGGCUUGGGCUCCAAUGCACCACAGCUUCCUCUAGUUCUUGCAAUUGGGCUGACGGGAGCAAGUUCUCGUUUGAUGGUUUUGCUGAGGGUCAGCCAAACAAUAGCUUGGGAACUUGUGUAUUUGUUGGAAAUCGCGGCCAGACUGCCGGUCAGUGGUUCAGUGCAGAGUGUGGUUUGGUAAAGACUAAUGUUAUUUGUGAAGUUAAUUGAUUGGUUUUUUGGAUCUAAUGAAGUAUAUUGCACAA